AGGGACGGGACGCCGCCACCCGCCCUCCUCCCCGCGGUGCGCACGGCUCUGGCGGCCGGUAAGCUGCGCUCUGAGGCCAGGGCUGCGGCCGCGAGACCGGACACGCGCUAAAGUUUCUGGGCUCAGCGCCUCCUGGGCGCGCCCGGCGCGGUGGGUGGGGCGGCGCGGUCCCGCCGGGUGCCUGGCCUCCCCGGCCCCGCGGGUCGCCGCGCGGCGCGCUCUCACGGUCUCUCUCUCCCUCUCUCUCUCUGCCUUCGCGCUGCCUCCACGAGGUCCUCCCGCCGAGCCCCCGCGCGGGGCAUGAGGAGCCCGGGGGCGCCGCCCGGAGACCACCCGGCUUCGCGCCCAGCUCGCCGUCCGCGCGCAGCGACAUGAGCCGCGCGUUCCGGGUCCCGCGCCCCGAGGCCAGCCCCAGCCGGCGGCAGCCAGCGGGCCGGCGCUGCCCGGGAGAAUGAGGCGGGAGCCGGCAGCCUCCUCGCGCGCCUCCUCGUCGCCCUCGCCUUCCCCCGGCUCCCGCGCCCCGGGCCAGCGCCGGGCUGUGGCUCCUGCGUGCCCCGCGCACCCCCCGCCCGCCUCCGGAUGCGCUGCUCGGUUAGCCUGGGGAGGAAGAUAAAGACGUUGGCCACCAAGAUGGUCAUCACGAGCGGCAAUGAUGAAGACAGAGGCGGCCAAGAGAAAGAGAGCAAGGAGGAGAGCGUCCUGGCCAUGCUGGGGAUCGUCGGGACCAUCCUGAACCUGAUCGUGAUCAUCUUCGUGUACAUAUACACCACUCUGUGAGCGGGCCUCGGGGCGGCCAGGGCACGGCGGCCCGGUGUGGGCCGACCGGCGAGCGGACGUAGCACAGAUAAGCAGGCUUGGCCGACCCACGCCACUCGGUCAAUGCACCUGCGAACUUCAUAGAAGGUCGCCAAACUGAACCGGUCCUGCUGCCAGGAGUGGCCACUAAAGCACAAUGAAUCCAAAACAACUCCUUCACACAGCCAGGAACUCCGUGUCUUUGGCAGGGGGCCCGGAGGGACGGAAGACCAGCCUUUGACCCCGUCGGUGAGCGGAUGGGCGCCGGAAUUCAUCGCCCCAGAUCGCCGACCGGCACCACGUCCUCAGAAAGAGGAACAGGGCGUGGCCGCAGCCCAUGGUGGGUCUCCCGGGGCCCGCGUUUCAUCUUCGCCCCAGG